UUUUCGGUGGUAGUAAAGGGCGUCUGGGUGAAUAGUAACGACUGGCGCUCCAUGGGCCUUCCGCGGUGGCAGCCCCUUAUGGUCCUCCAUCAGCCGCCAGGAGACUCUUCUUUUUCGACUCUGGAAACUGGUUUUUCUGUUUCAAACGAGUUUUCUAUGUACACCAAAAAGAGCACAGAUUCAAACAGCAGAAAUAGUGUUAAAAUUAGUGAAGAAUCCGAAGGCCUUUUUUGCGGGGGAGCGGCUGCCGCCAUGGUUUGCCACAAGACCAAAAAAAAGUUAUCCUUGAACGAUAUUGGGUUUCUACAGUCGUCUACUAUGGAGGACACCUCGUCCUCCAGUGACAUUAAGCAAGCCAAGUUUUCUUAUGCCAUAUCAACUUCUUCCUAUGCUGGAGCUCGUGGUGGUGGAGGCGACCUAUUUUUAGUGCCGAAUUUAAGAAUUUUAAUAUUUGAGUCGCUACGCCUUAACGUGGAGGCCACUCCCAUUAGUGAGGAGCUUUCCACGUGCUUUAUUGAAGUGAUUCCUGAGUACCAAUGGAAGUUUGAAGAUAAGGAAACGGCGGAUGCCAUAUCCUUAAUAACCGAGUACGACAUUCUUAACAAAGAAAUUCCUCGUCUCGAAAAACUAAAGCAAGACAAUAUGAACCAGAAACUCUCCGGGACCUUCGACGCGGACUUGGAUAAUACCUUAUCGGAAGCUAUAGAAGGAUGGAAAAAAACUGUGGAAAUGAAUGAGCAGAACAAAAUCGAGGCCCUUUCCCGGCCGUUAGCUUUAAAUUUAAAGAGCGCUGUGCUUGGACUGGAGUAUAAACUCUGCUUUCCCGAAGCGGAUAUGGCCUACUUAGAAUUGAUAAAUAAAAUUCCAGAUGACUGCAACAACAAACUAGAUAUAGUUUUCCAGUAUCAAAGGUCCAUGGCUUGUACUAAAAGCGACAAUAAGUUGUGUAAAAGUUCUUCUCAAGACAUAUUUAACACCAUCUGUGGGCAGCCGUUAGAUAUGACAGACUGCAUGGAAGCAGAAGGAGAAGAGGAUCUCGAUAGGAGGUCCGUUUCCGUGAGUGGGAAUGGAAGCAGGGUUCGCAGGGAGGGUGGUGUAGAGGAAGAGUCGCUUGGAAUUAUGAACAACUUGAAAAGUAGUAGCAUUAAUAGGAUAACGUUUUCCGGUGGGGGACAUUCUUUUACUUAUAAAAUUUCUGAAAUAACUCGCUCGUCGGGUACCACCUCAGAGCGAACAGCAACGAAAUUGCAGACAAAUUCUAUAGAAGCUGGAGAAUUAAACUUGCUCUUUGUAAAAACUGUUAAAGAGGAUACUGAAGAUACGACAUAUCUAGUAGAAGUCAUGCAAGACACGGUGAUUUCCAAGGAAAACAGCAAGUUCUUAUCCUUUACACUUUCUGAUUCAAAUAUUGGCGAUAAGUUUGAUGUUGAAGUUUACGAAGACCCGAUGUUUGGCACUCCAGUUUUUGUUACUGUUGCUGGUGCAAGCAAGUGUCCCCACGAAGAAAACACAGUGGUACGUGAAAAAAUCUUUUUAAGGGCAACUCAGGGGCAAAUACUAAACAUUGAGAACGCUAUGCCCGAUGAUAUCGCUGUCAUUCAAUUAGAAAUUGUAAACGAAAACUUUAAUGAUGUGGUGACUCCCGUUUUAUCAUUAGAAAGUCAUACCAACCCCCAUAAUUUAAGAAUUGAUGUGAAUGGAAAGCCCUUAGCCUUGGGCGGACAGAUGUAUAAGCUACAACCAGGCGGAAAACAAGUGGUUAAUUUAGAGCUUAAGCGAGGUUCCGAGUACGUCUACGAAAAUGUCCAAGUUUCAGUGAGGUCGCAGUGUGAAUGGGAAUUAGCCCUCGGAAACGGCAUGUUCCGGCCGCCUCUAAGCAGUGUGAUCGAUAUAUCCAUCUCCUAUCUAGAAGAGUGCGUUCCCGUGCGUUGGUGGGGAAACUUGGACGACUACCAGACUUUUUCGCUGUCUAAGAAUCCAACGUUGGGGUUGGAAGAUCAAGAAGACGCGCUGGCAGUGGAAAUCAAAAAUAUGGGAAAAACAAGUUUUAAAGAACUUGAACGACUUGAAAAAGUUUUCCUUGAGUACCGACUUGUUGGCGAGCGCGAAUGGAGGAUACCUUCUAAAAAAGACUUAGAAAAUACCGGAAAUGUUCUUGCCUAUUUUUAUAAUAAACAACUUGGAAUAGACAAUGAGGAAACGUCUUCUGGUAUCUCAAAGCUUUAUUGGGACACGUCCUCCCUCCUUAGCGGCAAUUACGAGUUGAGGGUACAAGCUCAGUGCCAGUCGUCAGGGAACAAGAACUUUGAUAACACUAUAACCAGCGUUAUUCAAGGAAAGAUUGAUAGAAUAUCACCAGAAUUAUUAGGCAAGCCCACUCCUUCCGACAACUUCUUUAUGCUUGACGGAAUAAUUCAAUUUACCUUUGACGAAAUAUUAAACUGUGAACUUCCCUAUACUAUGAGAGCUACGUUAACUUCCAGCUAUGAAAGUUCAGAAUACUCGGAGAUUUACUAUUACGACCAGAGCAAGGCUGAAGCUGGCAUGGCCAAACUUAAUUUGUAUUGCAAAGAUAACGUAGUGCGAAUUUUUCCCACCGCGCUUAUUAACCUUGAGGCCCUCAUGGGCCAAUUAGUGAAGGUUGAAUUGUGUGAUGUUGAGGAUUUAGUGGGCAAUAAAUUAGAGGACUGCGUUACAAACGAAUUUUUAGUGGGCGCUACCGAAGUUGACACCGUAGAGUCGGAAGUCACGGUGAAACUGCAAGAGAACAGCCUGGCAGGAAAGUCCUUCUCGCAGAUUCUGCAUAACUUUGGUGCAGUAGUAAAAAACGUGACGGGCACUAAUAAAGUAAAACUUGAGCUAAGCUCAGCUUUGGACGAGGAAAAGACCAAUAACCAAACGAAUGCUUCAAAUUCCACCAAUCUGUUGCGAGAGUUAAAUUUAGCUGACGAGAUGCGAAUAAGAGUCUUGUUUUAUUCUAAGAACUCCGGCCCUACGUCAUCGGGAUAUUCGGUGGAUGUAUCAAAAGACUUUCCAAACGAUAAUACUGCUGAGCAGGCCUCUCCGCUGCGCUCAAUACACGCCCUGAACCAGUUUAUGGUUAAACCCAAGCUUAGUAGUGCCAGCGAAGAAGUUUCGGGUGAACUUAAUUACUGGAGAAAUUCAAUUAAAGCUGAACCUUUAGUGCCAACCAUUACGAAAUCUAAAGAAAGAGUUCCAAAUAAAAAGUAUACUCCCUGGGACCGGCCACCUAAGGCUCUCUGGAUUGCAUUGCUUGUCACACUUUCUGUCCUCGUACUCUCAUCUUUGCUUAGCUUAAUAAUGUCACUAUUCUAUUACAGAAGUAAAAUUAAGAGAAAAGUUUAUUUAAAAUUGAUAAGUGACUUACUAGCGCAUGAUGAGGCCUAA